UUUUCAUCUUCCAUCAUGGAACCCCAUCAACAGAAAAACCAGCAGGCUGCAAAUGAUAUUCAAGAUAGUAGUGGCGGUGGAAGUGGCAAAGGGAGCUUUCUUUGCAGGCAAAGCAGUACACGGUGGACUCCUACCACUGAUCAGAUUAGAAUAUUGAAGGACCUUUACUACAACAAUGGAGUUCGGUCCCCGAAUGCUGAUCAGAUUCAGAGGAUCUCUGCUAGACUUAGACAGUACGGUAAAAUCGAAGGCAAGAAUGUCUUUUAUUGGUUUCAGAACCACAAGGCUCGUGAGAGACAGAAGAAAAGGUUCAAUACAACAACUGAUCACCAUCAUCAUGUCCCCAUGCAAAGACCCACCAGCAUCACACUCACGAAUAACAAGUUCCCUACCAACAUAAACCCUGGUUAUUCUCCUUCAUCUCCUUCUUCAACUGGCGUGCUUACUGUUGGGCAAAUAGGGAACUAUGGAUAUGGGUCUAUUACCAUGGAAAAGAGUUUUAGGAAUUGCUCAAUAUCAGCAUGUGGUAGCAGUACAGAAAGUGCAAGCGAAUCCCUGAGCCACAACUUUGGAUGGGUAGGGAUCGAUCCCGGUUAUUCGCCGCCAUACGCUUUCUUCGAGCCGAAAAGAUUCAUCGAUGGAAACCACGAAGAGGGACAAGAAGACGAAUAUUAUUACUAUGAAGAAGAAGAAGAAGGUGCAGGUCCACAAAUCGAAACCCUUCCUCUCUUCCCCAUGCACGGAGAGGACAUCAAUGGCUUUUGCAGCAACAUGAAACCCGAACCCGAAAGCCGCUACCCCGGGUGGUACAGGUCCGAAGAUGGCUACACCGGCGGUCGAGCUUCACUUGAACUCAGCCUCAACUCGUACACCAGCAGAUCACAAGAUUCCAUCUGAUGGGAAGAUAAUUAUUAUGAGGAUGUCUACUGUCUUCUCAAUUAGCCUACUAAUUAACUAAUUAUGCAUUUAAUGUAGUGUAAGUGUGUAACCUUUUUUCUCUAUCUAUUAUGUGCUUUUCCCCCGUCUUUUUUCCAAGAAUAUUCCAUGAUAGUGAUAACCCAAGAUACAAAGAAGGAUUAUGAAUAUGAUGAUGCUAGUUUUAGGAGAGAGUUCAUCCCCC